CUCUCUCUCUCUCUCUCUCUCUGUCUCAUUGGGUUCAUUAUGAGGGAAGAUGGCGGCGGCGGCGCGCGCUGGAUCGAUGUGUCAGCGGUGGAAGCGCUUUGAUCUUCAGCAGCUGCAGAAAGACCUGGACGUCGCCGCCAACGCUCUCGCCAGCACACAGCAUGAGAACGAACAAACACGAAAAAAACUCAUCGACCAGAGCAACGAGCUCAAGAAACACACACCGGAGGAUUUACAUGAACACAUCACUCCAUUAUUAAAGGGAUUCCAAUCUGAGAUUGACGCUCUGUGUGAAAGGAGUAAAGACUCGGAGGCUGCUUUCCUCAGCGUGUAUAAGAGAUUAAUCGAUGUCCCAGACCCUGUGUCUGCGUUAGAGGCGGUGCAGCAGCUGCAGGUUGCGGUUAUUAAGAUGCGCAACGUGGAGGCAGAAAAUCAGAAGCUGAGAGAGAGACUGCAAGAGUAUGACAGGGAGGUUGCAGAGGUCAAAGGUCAUGAAGAAACAAUUAAUGUUUUGAGGGAGAAACUGGUGUCUUAUGAACAUUUAAUUCAACAUGGAAUGAAAGACGAGGAUGAAGAACAACAACGCAAUGCUAAUUGUGCGGGAAAAGAAAGACCCUGUGAGAAAGAAGCGGCGAUGAUGGAUGUCCAGACAGCCAAUCAGGCUCUGGAGGCGGAGCUUGUGGUGAAGCAGAGAGAGGUGGAGCGUCUGAUGGAGGAUGUACAGAAACUCCAGAGCAGCCUGACUGAACUCACCGACUCAACAGCCAAUCAGAUCAGAGAAUUACAGCAGAAGCUCGACUCCAAACACAUACUGCUGCAGGAGCUUGAAGAGAAACUGGAGGCUCAGGCAGAUUAUGAGGAGAUAAAAAGGGAACUGAGCAUCCUCAGGUCCAUGGAGCAGGGUUCCUCAGAGUGUCCUACAGAACAGGGUUCCCCGAGACAGCAGGACUCAUCACUUUCCAGGCAGGAGGACAGCAGUCAGGACAGAGACAGCAUCCAAAAACAACCGGUUAACAACGACCUCAUCAGUUUUGCCGAGAGCCGUCUUCCUGCCUCACCCUCCACCACACCUCCUCACUCUGACCAUGCCCACUCACAGACUCCACCCCUUUCUCAAACCCUCCUGAAGAGCAAAGCUCCACCUGAGUCGUCCCGCUCUUUUUCUUCUGAUUUGUUCAUGCACAGCUUCAGUGCCACUUUCCCUUCACUCUCUGGAAAAUCCUCAGGUAACUCGUUGCUCCAGCGGACAUUCGGGCAGAACCCGUACAGCACUGACCUGCACACGGAGGAGGAAGUGGACACUGCUGAAAUUGCACGGCAGGUUAAAGAGCAGCUGAUGAAGCACAACAUCGGGCAGCGUGUGUUCGGACACUAUGUGCUCGGGUUGUCUCAGGGGUCCGUCAGCGAGAUCCUCGCUCGCCCCAAACCCUGGAACAAACUCACUGUUCGUGGGAAAGAACCAUUCCACAAGAUGAGGCACUUCCUGUCUGACGAGCAGAACAUCCUGACGUUGAGGAGCAUUCAGGGACGACAGAGAGGUAAUAUUACCAGUAGAGUCCGUGUUCCUGAAAGCAGCUCAGAUGAAUCCCUCAAGUCCAUUUUGGAUCAGACUAAAAGGGACCUGCACGGACACAAAAUUGAAGGUGUCCACUCGUCCUUAUCAGUUUCCUCAGAUGACAACCUCCCCUCUGUCCUGGACAUGCAGCAGGUGGCACCCGGUCCCACGAUGUCCUCUGACCUUUCCAGUUUGGGCUCCAAAUUACUCGGUUCCUCCAUUUCUGUGCUGCCUUACUCACCUGUGGAGCUAAAGUCUGUGAAAAACACGUCUGCCUCUCCUGUGAUGGACUCCUGGAGGGAGCAGUGGUGGAGCACGAUACACUGCGAACAGCACAAAGACGCACACACUCGGGAAGACACAGAGUUGGCCAACAUGGUGUCUGAGAUUCCCCUUUCCUCACAAGAUUACUGGAAGGAACAGUCGAGCACGGCGCCUCCAUUCCCCAGAAGCUCAGAACAAAAUUUGUCGAUGUCCAUCACGAAUGAGACGCCUCACAGCAGUCCUUCCCCUUCCUCUUCUUCCUCUUCACUGCAGACAAAGCAAACGAAAGCUACGAUAACACCGCUGACAUCCGAGCAGUAUGAAAGAUUCAUGUACGAGGAAGUGGAUACGGUGGAGCUCACUCAGCAGGUCAAAGAGAAACUCGCCAAGAACGGCAUCUGCCAAAGAGUGUUCGGGGAAAAGAUUCUGGGCCUCUCUCAGGGCAGUGUGAGUGACAUGCUCUCUCGGCCGAAGCAGUGGACUAAACUGACUCAGAAAGGCAGAGAGCCAUUUAUACGCAUGCAGCUGUGGAUUGAAGGAGAACUGCAGGAUCUCAUGAGGGCAGAGACUUCAGCGAGUGCUAGCCCCACCCCCGAGUCACCUGGAAGCUCGUCUGAGGAGCUCGUUAAGCUCGUUAUGGACCAGCAGGAAGAGGUGGGGCCUGAAUCCCAUGACACUGUAGCCAGCAUGCAGGAAGUGCUGGUCACGCCACCAGAACUCGACACCUACUCCAUCAGCAAGAGGGUCAGAGAGGUGCUGAGUGAUAAUAACCUCGGUCAGCGUCUGUUCGGUGAGGCUGUUUUGGGUCUGACUCAGGGUUCCGUGUCUGAUCUGUUGGCUCGGCCCAAACCGUGGCACAGAUUGAGUGCGAAAGGUCGCGAACCAUUUGUGCGAAUGCAUCGAUGGCUGAACGACAAGAACAACAUCCAGAAACUGAAAGAAAUCAAACACACUGAGAAAAAAGUGUAUCUGAAGAGGCGUAUGAGCUCACUGUGUGAGGAUGCUAUGCUGGACAGUGGUGUGUGUAUGGGAGAGUUUGGACAGGAGUGUGUUCCUCAGCUGAAGAAGUCUCGGGUCGUCCUCACUGUGCAAGAGAAAGAGUUUCUGAGAAAAGCAUACGAGGAGAAACCAUAUCCUUCACCAGGAACCAUUGAGGAACUUGCAAAGAAACUUGGACUCAAAGUCAGCACCGUCAUCAACUGGUUCCACAACUACAGGUCUCGUAUUCGGCGUGGAGUCUUCAUGGAAGCAGCUGCAAUGAAAUCAGACGGCGUCUCCGAGGAACAGACGAGUGGAACGCAGGAGUGUUCUGAGCUCCCGGACUCCACGUUUAACUUUCCAGAAUCCUCGGCUGCGCCCGGAAUCCUGAGAGACAGCAGUCUGCGCAGGCGGAAAGCCGCCAACCUGAACAGCAUCAUCCAUCGCCUGGAGAAAGCGGCGAAUCGGGAUGAGGCCCACGACGGAGACGAGUAUGAGAGUCAGGACGUGAGUGCGGAGUGUGUGAAUGCUUCCUCUUCAGGGUAAUGUCAGGGUGGAUAACUAACUGGAGGCGGAGUCUCAGACAUAGCACUCUCACUCAAGCUGAUCAUUAGCAUAUUAGGCCACACCCAUCAGGGACAGUCCCAGAUCAGUGUAAACAGCUGUUAUAUGGGUGUUUUAUCUCAUGUACAUCUUAUUUAAGAGUUUGCUGGAUGUUUAAUAGACACUAUUUUAGAAUAUUUUAUAUGAUUUUCUGAUAACAAUCGCCAGCACUGCGUGUUCAGAACACCUGCUUACAUAAAAUAUGAGGAGGAAUAAAGGAGGAAAAUGGUGGAUGAGUGAACUAAUAACCGAUAUUAAAAAAACAGCUCCAGCAGUGUGCUUAGUGGACAUGGGUUCUCCAUGGCAGGAGGAGAAAACAAGAAGAGAUGAUUUUUUAAAAUUUUGUUAAUUAUUGUUAUUAUAGCGCACUUAACACUCUGCUACGGCCCAACGGUGCAAAAAAUAAACCCCAAAACAAUACAAACCCUUCAGCAAUAAAGGCAGCAACUGUUAGUUAUUGCAAUUGUUAAAAUCUCAUCAGUCAAGUGUGUGUGUGUGUGUGUGUGUGUGUGUGUGUGUGUGUGUGUGUGUGUGUGUGUGCGUGUGUGUGCAGAGAAUAAAAAGUGACCUCGGACUAAAAAAGAAGCACUUGAGGAAGCAGAAGCUCUCUGCUGUCAGCUCUAUGCAACUCUGCUUUGGAUUUUUUAUGCUAGAAAUUUAGACUUCUUUGCCUAAAACCUUUUAUAGGUAUUCUUUUUUAGCCCAGUGCCCUACUCCCGAAUCUCUAAUCCCUACAAACACCCCACUGCACCAUGCAUCAUGGGUAUUCAGUACUUUAUUCCACACCUUAUUCUCUAUAUAAGCCACAUAAACACCCUCAUCAGUCUACACUGGGCGUGUCCUGAAUAUAAUAUUUAAAAAAAUAAAUAACCAUUAAAAUAGAAUAUUUAAAAAAAAAAAUUUGUAAGUAAAAAAACCUUUUGAACCAGGCAACUUCGGUAGAUUUGUGAAGUGAAACACAGCCAUGAGUCAACACUUUAACCCUCAGACCCUUCAGUCAGACGUGUUUGUAUGCAGCAUGAGCAGGAAACACUCGCACAGUUUAAACGUUCGUCUUUAACCUGCUUUUAAAAUGACUAAAUGUACAAGGAGCAGAACUGAAAGAUUCUUUCAUUAUUUUUUAAUCAAAUUCUACAUCCUGCGUACAGUUUUUAAAAUAAAUGAAGCACUAAAUAUAAACCAGGUCUUUGUGCAAUUUCAGACAAGCACACGCAAAACAAGCGCUAGUUCACUGUUAGAUUUGCUAAAUCGAAAUACACUAGAUAUUCUUAAUAAAUAUCUAAUACGCUAACAAGCAAUGAAAUGGCCCUUAAUAUGGCAGCUGAAGAGGACGAGCGAAUAAGAGCGAUUCAUUUUUCAGUUCAUUUUAUACAUACAGUGGUGCUUGAAAGUUUGUGAACCCUUUAGAAUUUUCUAUAUUU